CGCUGCCGGGACAUGGUCCUCUGCGUUCAGGGACCUUGUUCUCUGCUGGCUGUGGAGCGGAUCGGGCAGCGGCCCCUGUGGGCCCAGUCCCUGGAGCUGCCCGAACCAGCUAUGCAGCCUUUGCCUGCCGGGGCCUUUCUGGAGGAGGUUAGAGAGGAGACCCCAGCCCAGCCAGAGAGUGAACCCAAGGUGCUGGACCCUGAGGAGGAUCUGCUGUGCAUAGCCAAGACCUUCUCUUACCUCCGGGAAUCUGGCUGGUAUUGGGGUUCCAUCACGGCCAGCGAGGCCCGGCAACACCUGCAGAAGAUGCCAGAGGGCACAUUCCUCGUCCGCGACAGCACCCACCCCAGCUACCUAUUCACACUGUCGGUCAAGACCACCCGAGGCCCCACCAACGUGCGCAUCGAGUACGCCGACUCCAGCUUCCGCCUGGACUCCAACUGCCUGUCCAGGCCGCGCAUCCUAGCCUUCCCCGACGUGGUCAGCCUGGUGCAGCACUAUGUGGCCUCCUGUACCGCCGACAGCCGAAGUGACAGCCCUGACCCUGCGCCCACCCCGGCCCCGCCUACCCCGAAGGAAGACGUGCCCGGCGACCCGGCGCUGCCCGCGCCCGCAGUCACGGCUGUGCACCUGAAGCUGGUGCAGCCGUUCGUGCGCCGAAGCAGCGCCCGCAGCCUGCAGCACCUGUGUCGCCUCGUCAUCAACCGCCUGGCGGCGGACGUGGACUGCCUGCCACUGCCCCGGCGCAUGGCCGACUACCUCCGACAGUACCCCUUCCAGCUCUGACGCGCCCGAGCGUCUGCCUAGCCUCACCCGGCCGUACCCCGAGGGGACAGCGGCCCCAGCUGGACUUGGGCUCCCGCCGUCCCUCCUCCGGUCAGCCCGGUGACUACGUGCCCCUGAGCGGCCGGACCAGGAAGAGCCAGCAGGAGCAAAGGCUGGGGGGUGAGGGGCAGGGAAAAGCGUCCCACAGCCGGGAGGUCAACCCCCGCCCAGCUCCCUUGUGGCUCGUUGUGGAGAGCCAUGGGUCAGAAGAGAGGGAGACAGGCAGGACCUUGUCUCACCCUGUGGGCUGGGCCCAGGCCCCCACUUGCCCGCUAUGACCUCCUGAACUGUGUAGACUUUGCCGGCCCUGGUUUCUCAGUCCACAGGGUGGGGCGGGCCCCCUCCUUCCAGCCACCCUGUCUCGGGAUGGCGGCCAGAGGAACUGAGGUUGGCAGUGACCGUCCCCCGAUGGGGGAACAGGCCAGGCUGGGGGAUGGCAAAGUUAUACAGUAUUUAUUUAUUUAUUCUCCUGGGGUUGGUCUCGAGGUGAGCCAGCCCCACCUCUCUGCCCUGAGCCCUGAGUGCUCUGGAGACCCCAGCUCUGCCCCAGCUUCUCUGGUUCCUCCUUGUGGAGAGCCCCAUCCUGAGACCUGUUGCUGGACCCGAGGCAGUUCUGGAUAUCCUGGCGCUGACCCACCCACCUGUGAAUGUGUCCCCCCUCUUCUGCCCCCAGCCCUGCUUUGGGAGGGUGGGUAAAUGGACAAGAAAAUGGAGGCAAGGUGUCAGUGCCCAGCAGAGCCCGCCGCUCACCCCGUCACAGGGCAGAGCCCUACCUGCGCAGGGCUGGUCUGGCUGGGCCCCGGGUCUGCUGGGCCCGCCUCCUGCCCAGAAAGGCACCUGCACAUGAGAGGGAAAGGAACACGUAUCUGAUAAGACUUUAUAAAAUAAUUAUUAUUAUAACAGGCAAAACCCAGUUCAGUAGUCUUUUUUUCUUCUACUGAUUUUUUCUGUAUCGACAAUAAAAUUGUACUUUUCAUUUAAGGAGCCCUCAGUGGGUCC